AGGAACUUGGAAGGAAGGAAGGGCGCGCCGCCCUCUCAGUGUCACUGUUUCAGCUGUUCGAAUGGCUUCCAUCUACCAUUUACCAGCUCCUUUGCUGGAGAGAAUCCUGCUGUCUGAUAUUCGGGACAGAUUGGGAAGCUCAACUCCAGCGACACCCCAGGCCAUGCUGGUGCGGCUGAAGACAGUUUGUAGGAUGUUUAAGGAAGCACUAGGUAAUGUCUUGCUUUGGCAUAUCGGCAAUGCCAGGGAUGAGAUGCUCUUUCACAAGGAUGCAAUAGAGACCUGGCGUGCAAGACCGCUUGAGGAGGUCAGAUUGGACAUCCGGUAUGAGGGGGUGGACAUUGGCUUGGUGUGUCAGACGGCUUUAUUAUUGAACUUUCAAACUCUGAGGAAGUUCCAGCUGAACAUUUCGACAGAGGAUUGGGAGGCACGCCAGCCGGAGUGCUGGGAGCUGCUGUUCUUCACACUAGCAAGCUGCAAGCGCCUGGAGGAGCUGGUGUUGGAUGCAAGGGCGGGUUACUGGGGUGUAAAUUACUUCAACCUAGCGGUUCUGGAUUUCAGCCCCACAUCUAUUGGGGUGUUUGAGAAGCUGGAGCAACUCUGGCUGCUAGGUUGCUCCCUUCCCCCUGCCACACUCAAGGGACUGCUCAAGGUCAAGCACUUAGUCCUCCAUGACUGGAUGGAUGCUGAAGAGGGUAUUUUCCGGGAACCCAACAACGAGCUACAAAGCUCAAUCAAGAUAGUCGGAUGGAGGGCAAUCCAUGCUUCGUCCUGUUUGUGUGAGAAAGAAAUGGUGGAAGCACGCCAGAUCGACCACGCUGUAGUUCGGCAGGUGCUGAAACGGACACGGCCAAAACAUUUUUUUGCUCACAACAUUGGAAUGGAGAUCGACCGCCAGUUUCUGCGAGCUUUGAAAGACGAGUUUCCGCAGUUGCUAGUGACGUUGAGAAAGUGGUAA